AUGGGUGCGGGACUGGUGCGGGCCUGGUUCAGGGUCAGAGGGGGGAUCAAGGCACCGCAUCAAGUGGUGCGGCAUGAUGCUGCGUUGCACCAACCGGUUUGUCCCUCCCCCUCCUGCCGUCCUGUCAUGGCCUGCUCCGAGUCGCACUCGCUCAUUCGCGCCAUCGAGGCCGCCUGCGCCGCGUCCCCUGCCGGCGCGGACCUUUUGGUGACGGCGUUCGUGCUCUCGCUGCAGUCAUACCGCCGCCCGUCAGUGUGUCGGCCCUUCCCCUCGUCGCUCUUCACGUUGCCCGGCCCGCUCCCCGACAAGGACUUCCCCGCCGCGCUGCGCUGCUGCGCGCUGCUGCCGCCCAUCGCCGCCAUCGCCAAUUCUUCCCGCGCCCCCCCACCGUGCUGCCAGCCCCAUGCUACGCACGCCCCCGCUGCUCAUGCACCCUGUGCUGCCCGGGAUGCUUCCCGUGCUGCUGCGUGUCCGUGCGCCUGCACACCUCCGCCCUGUGUGCGUGCAUGUGGGUGCUCGCCAGCAGCAGCAGCGCCCCCAUGGCACAGCAGCAUGCCCGUGCCUGCCCUCCGCCUGCUGGCAUGGGUCCUCUCGCCCCUCAUGCCCUCCCCGCCCUCACUCGCCGCCGCUCCAGGCGCGAAUACACCCACUCUCCACCAUGCCGUCUCCCAGGACAAGCAGCAGCAGCAGCAGGAUGGGCGUGCAGGGCAGCAGGGGGGUAGGCAGCUGGGGCGGUUGCAUGUGGUGCAGGUGGGGGAUGUGCAGGGCACGUUGGCCAAGGUGCUGACGUCAUGGCAGAUGGGCAUGCUGACAUCAUCGCCAGCUGCAGCUGGGGGGCGCAAUGUGUUGCCACAGUGCUUGGUGGAGCUCGUGGGAUCGUCGCCACCCACUGCCACUGCACAUGGCCCGGUAGGGGCCACGGGUGCUGGAGGCAUGGGAGGGGGCAGUGGCAGCAGCAGCGGCAAUGGCAGCGGGGAUGGGUUUGAGGCGAUGGCGAGGGCGCAUGGAAGCAUCAUGGCGUUCCACGGCACCCCAUCGGAGAACAUGCACGGCAUCCUGCGCUGCGGGCUGUUGAACCUGUCGCGCACGGCACUGCAGCGCAAUGGCAGCAUGCACGGGGAGGGCAUCUACCUCUCCACCGACCCCACCGUCGCCUUCACCUUCUCACAGACCGCCGACGCCACUCACGCACUCCCCUCCCUUGCCCCGCCUUCUCUUCCCCCCUCAUCAAGCACCGGCCCGCUCUCCCCUGCCCUGGGUGGGUGGCAGUGGUCUGAGCUGGGUGCGGCACCGCGCUUUGUGCUGCUGUGUGAAGUCAUCACAGGCCAUGGCGUCAGAUGCUCCGCCCCCUCACCUGUUGCUCCUGCUUGUGGGAAGGUGGAAUCACAGCAAGGCGCAGAGAAGCAGGCUGUAGGAGAGAGGCAGCAGCAGCAGCUGGGCACAUACGUGGUGGUGGAGAACCCUUGCAUGCUGCGCAUCCGCUACAUCAUGGUCUACACCACUGCCCCUGCUGCCACCCCUCCACUGCACCCCUCACCGCCCUUAGUUGCCGGGUCACCUGUGCAACACACUGUUCCGGCAUCAGCAUCACCACCAGCAGCAGCAGCGUUGCCAUCACCAAGUGUCUCUCCUGGCUCCUCGUCAGUUCCAUCAGUCCAUGCAGGCUCACCCGCCUCAGUGUUAGAUACUGCUGCUGCCUCCUCCACUCCUCUGCCGUCCUCCCUCCCCUGCACUCAGCAACGCUUGCUAGAUAAACCCUCCUGUGCCGCGCACCUGGCUUCCUUGCCAGCUGCCACUGCUGCGUCUGGUGAAGCAGCAUGUGUGCUGGACUCACGAGAGCGGGGCAGGGCGGAAUGCGGAGGGCAGAGCUGUGGAGUGUGUGAGAGUGUGGUGCGUGGUGGCACGGGGAUAGGCACACGUGCCAUGGAAAGCCAGUCAGCAGCGCAGUGCUCUGGAAUGCCAAGGGAUGCAGGCACAGCAACAGGUGGGGCCGCAGGACCAGCUAGUGUGCUGAGGGAAGGCGUUUCGGCAUUAAGUGAGCUGGAGGAGUUUCGCAAGAAGCAGCAGCAGAAGCAGCAACAUCAGCAGCAGCACGAUCCGGCGGCCAAACCCGACGCAGUGGUCGACGUGUCCAGGGCGAGCGACGGAGCCCCCCUCGAUCCAUCGGACUCUGCUUCCGCAGCCAAUGCUGCCGCAUCUUCCGCAUCCGCAUCGCCAGCCAUGGACGUCCCGCCAUCUCUCGCGCCCGUGUCCGUCGAUUUUGCGCCAUCGGACGGCGAGGACGCGGCGGGCGACGGCGACUUCCAGACGCCCACGGGGUCGCCGUCCAGCGUGCGCAGCGGCGGCAGCAGCGGGCAGCGCACGGCGGCGCUGGUGGCGCGCAGCCGCGCGUUCGUGAGCAUGGCGCAGGGCUUCAUCGCGCAGGCGGCGUUGGACAAGCCACAGAGGGACGCGCUAGAGGCGAAGCUGCAGGAGCUCAGGCACCACGCCGCCGAGCACCACGUGCCGCCCGCCAACGACGACGCCUCCCAGUCACUCUUUCCAGAUGCUGACGUGGCAAGCCUUCAGGCGCGGCUGCAGGAGGCAGAGGCGGAGGCGCAGCGUAUCAAGGCGGAGGCGGAGGCGGCGAAGGCAGCGGUGGGGGAGGCGCGCGCGGAGCAGAGCAAGGCGGAGGAGCGGGUGGGGGUGCUGCGGGAGAAGCUGCAGAUGGCGAUCAAGCGCGGCAAGGAGGCGGUGCAGCAGCGCGACUCGCUGCGCGAGGCCGUGGCGGGCAAGGAGCAGGCGCUGCAGGCGGCGGGCGGCGAGCUGGCGGCGGAGAAGGCGGCACACGCGGAGACGCGGGAGCGGCUGGCGCGGAUGGAGGAGGAGCUGGCGGUGCGCAUGGUGCGCGUGCAGCAGGAAAUGAUGGGCGAGAUCGACGCCGCGGAGCGCAGGCGCGUGGCGGAGCAGGCGGCGCUGCGCGAGGAGCUGAGUGGCGCGGAGAGGCGCGCCAAGGAGGCGGAGCAGAAGGCGCGCGAGGUGGGGAAGAAGCUGGCGGCGUCGGAGAUCAAGGGGCUGUCGCUCGAGGGCGACGCCAGCAAGGCCAAGACGCGCGCGGACGCUGCUGUGCGCCGGGAGAAGGAGGCGGAGGGAAAGCUGGCUGCUGCCUUGGGUGCGUGCUCCGCUGCCCGCCACCCUUCCGCGUUCCCUCCUGAUGCGUGUGCCCGUGCAUGCAUAUGUGUGUGCGCAGAGGAGCGCCGGGAGUUGGAGGCGCGGUUGGCAGCAGCGGAGGCGGCAGUGCGGCAGUCAGCGCAGCAGGGCGAGGAGGUGCGCGAGCGCCUGGCGUCCCUGCAGGCGCACAUGCGCCCGCACCUCGCUGCGCUCUCCGCCAACCUCGCCUCCGCCCUCGCCGCUGCCACGGCGGUUGCUGGCGGCAGCAAGGACGCAGGCAGCAACGGCGCGGAGAGCGAGGGGGAGGGCGAGGGCGCGGUGGGGACGUGGGGCGGCAUGGAGGCAUGGGUGGACGACCGCAUGGAAGGGCUGCUGGAUGCAGCAGAGCGGGUGUCCGCGCAGGUGGCGCGGGGCGCGGGCGCGCGCGAGCAGGAGGUGCAGGAGCUGCGCGCGGAGGUGAGUCGCGCGGAGAAGGAGAAGGGCGAGGCGCGGGAGCGGCUGAGCAAGGCGAUGACGAUGGGGAAGAAGAUGGAGAAGCAGAGAGACGAGCUUAAGACCAAGCUCAAGGACGCUCAGACGCAGCUCCUGCACCUCAGCGAGGGGCACUCAGGCACGGAGGGCCAGGAGGAGGCGGCGCAGCAGGUGAGGCGCGCGGAAGAGCAGGUGGUGGCGCUGACAGCAGCGGUGGCGAAGGCGCAGGGGGAGGCGCAGCAGGCGAAGGGAGAGGAGGAGCGCGCGCGGGAGGAGCUGGAGCGCGCUCAGGCGGCGAUGGCGGAGGUACAGGGCGAGGCGGAAAGGGUGAGGCGCGAGUUGGAGGAGGCUGUGAGGCGCGCGGAGGAGCAGAGCGCGGAGUGGCAGGGCAAGGCGCAGGCAGGGCAGGCGCAGGCGGAUGCGCUGGCGAAGGAGGUGGAGGGGAUGCGCGCGGAGAUGGGGAGGGCGGCGGAGGAGUGGAGUGAGCGAGUGCGUGUGCUGGAGUGCGAGGUGGGCGAGCUGCAGGCGCAGGUGCAUGCUGCACGCGGGGAGGUGGAGGAGGCAAGGCAAGCAGCAGAGGAGCAUGCUAGAGCUGUGCAGGCGAAGGUGGAGGAGAUGGCUGCGGUGGAGCAAGAGGUGCAGCAGUUGCGAGAACAAGUGCAGGCAGGGCGAGACGAUGCAGAGAAGCAGAGAGAGGAGGCGGCGGCUUUGGCGGAGCGAGCGGUUGCUUCAGAGGCCCGCGCAGAGGCUCUGGCGGAGGAGGGUGGGGCUGCCAAGGCCAGGGGUGACGCCCUGGAGGUAGACUUGGCGGAGCUGCGCGCACAGGUGGUGGAGGCGCGGGCGGCCGCGGAGAGUGCGCGAGGAGAGGUGCAGGCACUCCAGAGGGAGGCGGAGGGCGUGCAGGCGCGAGUGGAAGAGGGCGAGCGGGACCGCGAGCAGCUGAGGGUUGUGGGCGAGGCAGAGGCGGCGGCGAGGGGGGCAGAGGUUGGCGGCGGCGGCGGCGGCGAGAAGGUGAGGAACCUGGAGGCGGAGGUGGCACGGCUGGUGGAGGAGGGGCGGGGGAGAGAGCAGGCGGUGGAGGAGGCAGUGCAGGCGCGGGAGAGAGCAGAGGGCGCGGUGGAGGCGGAGAGGGAGGCACGGCAGGAGGAGGUGGCGCACAAGGAGAGGCAGUUGGUGGAGGAGCAGGGCGUGGCUGCACAGCUGAGAGCUGCACUGGCGGAGUCCGAGGCACGGUUAGCGGAGAUGGAGGCGCAGGUGGCGCGACUGCAGGCAGAGGCGGAGCAGCAUGCAGCGGAGGCGCAGGCAGCAGGCAGCGGGCAGGAGGAAGCGGCUGGGCGGGUGGCAGCGCUGCAGGCGGAGGUGAAGGAGACAGCAGAUGCCCUGGAGGCGAUGAGCGCUCUCAAGGCAGCAGCAGACACGGCACUCAGUGAAGCAGUUGCUGAGGUAGAGGCUGCUAGGGAGCAGCAUAGGGAGGCGCUGGGCGCAGUGGAGGCUGAGCGGGAGGAGGCGAAGGCGAGGGUAGUGGCGCUGGAGCAGGAGGUGGAGAGUGUGAGGCAGCAGGUGGGUGAUGCACAGCAGGCUGCUGCUGCCACGGUUGCUGAGAGGGACGCGGCGAGGCGGGAGGCGGAGGGAUUGAGGGAGGACGUGGAGCGGGCGAAGGCGACGGUGGAAGAGAGUGCGGCGGAAAGGGCGCGCGAGGUGCGGGCAAUGACGGAUAAGGCUGCUGAGGAGGAGGCGAGGAGGGUGGCAACGGAGCAGAGGCAGAGCGAGAUGGAGCAGGAGGUGGUCGAGAGUGCAGCGCGCUUGAGAACGUUGCAGGAGGAGGUGGAGCGACUGGAGGGGGAGAAGAAGCGCGCAGAGGAGAGGGUUGCGGAGAUGGAGAGGCAGGUGGGGGAGAUGGAGGAGAGCGUGCGGGCAGCGAGUGGCGAGGCGGAGGGCAAGCAGCAGGAGGUGGUGCGCUUGCAGGAGGAGCUGCGAGCAGUGCAGGAGGUGGUGGGGGCGAAGGAGAGGGAGAUGGCAGAGGCGAGGCAGAUGGCGAGUGAUCUCAAGGAAGAUCUGGGCAGGGAGAAGGAGAAGCGCGAGCAGGCUGAGGCGCAGGUUGAGGAGCUGAAGAAGGCGGGUGGCGGGCAGAGUGAGCGCGGUGGUGGGGAGGAGGUGGUACAGGAGCAGCAGGCGGUGGGCAAGGCGGAGAGGGGGCUGCGGAUGCAGUUAGAGGAGAAGGAGAAGCACGUGGCACGGCUGAAGGAGCGCAACGACAUGCUGGGUAGCGAGGUGAAGAAGCUCAAGGCGGAGAUUGCCCGCCUGGAGGGCGAGGCGGGGGACAGGGGCGGGAAGAAGGGGAAGAAGGGUGGCGGAGGAGAUGCGAAGGUGAGGGCGGAGAGGGAUGCACUGCAGAAGCGCGUGAAUGAGGCGGAGGGCGAGGUGAAGACGCUCAAGAAGCAGGUUGAGGCGAGCGAGGCAGCUUUGGCGAGGGCGGAAGCGGAGAGGGAGAGUGUGGUGGCUGCGGCUGUGAAGAAGGCGAGGGAGGAAGCAGAGCAGGCGAGGGAAGAGGCUGAGAGGCGCGUGAGCGAGGCGCAGAGCGAGGUGCAGGCGGUGAAGGUGCAGGUGACGGAGUUGGAGAGAGCUGUGGAGGAGGCAAAGGGGACGGCUGAGGAGGCGAGGAAGGAGACUGAGAGGGAGCGAGAGGCGGGUGAGCAGAGGUUGGGAGAAGUGCGGGAGGCUUUGGAAGAGGUGGAGAGAGAGAAGAAGGCAGUUGAGGAGAGGCUUGCAGAGGUGCAGGGAGAGGUGGCGAGGACAGGUGAGGUGGUGGAGGGGCUGCGAGAGGAGGUGCAGGCUGUGAGGAGGGAGAUGGAGGCGAAAGAGACAGAGUGGGGGCGAGAGCGAGAGGUUGAGAGAGAGAAGGAAAAGGAGAGGGAGGCGGAACGAGAAGCAGAGAGAAAGGAGAGGGAGAAGGAGAAGGAAGAGGAAAGACGGCGGGUGGAGGAGGAGAAGGAGGUGGGGGUGAAGCAAGAGGUAGCAAAGGUGCAAGAGGAGGCGGACGCUAAACUACGGACGAUGGAGGAGGAGAGGCAGCAGGCAGAGGCGUCAUGGCGAGCAGAGGAGUCAGAGCUGAGGGCGCAGGUGGCAGCUCUGGAGGAGAAGGCACGAGAGCUGUGUGCGGAGGUCGAGCGGGUGAGGGGCGAGCAUGCAAAGGACGUGGAGGAGCGGUGCCAGGCACAGGCAACGGUGGAGGCGAGCAGGGCCGCGCUGGAGGCAGAGGUGGCGAGGCUGCAGGAGCAGGUGGGAGCUGCUGCAACGAUGGUGGAAGCAGGCUUGCAGGCGCGUGUGGAGGCGGAGCAGGCAGUGGUGAGACAGCUGCAAGCAGAGGUGGCAGGCUUACAGGAGGCGAUUGCAGCGGUGCAGAAGGAGAGCGAGGCAGUGAAAGCUGCUGGUGCUGAAACGGGAGCAGAGAGAGACCGGUUGAUGGAGGAGCGGGUUGAACUUGAUGGGGCACUGAAGAAGCUCCAUGGAGAAGUGACAGAGUUGAAGGAAUCGGUUUUGGCUCUGGAGAGCGAGAGAGAUACAGUGAAGGCUGCACUUGCUGCAGCAGAAGAGGAGAGGGAGAGAGUGAGAGAGGAGCGGGAGAGAGUGCAGAUGGAGAAGGAUGAACUGGAAGCAGCAGUGAUGAGAGUGCAGGGCGAGGUGGAGGAAGCACGCAAGUCCAUUGCGGCACUGGAGGUGGAAUGUGGAGCUGCGAGGGACGCACAGAGAGCAGUGGCAGAGGAGAGGGACGCUGAGAAAGAGGAGAAGGGGCGACUGGAGGGCGCAGUGAAGGAGCUGGAGGGUCGGGUAGAGCAAUUGACGGGGCAGCUGCAGGAGGCAGAGGGCGGGGCGGGCAAGGCACGGGCAGAGGCGGAGGCGGAGGCAGGGCGGUGGAAGGAGGAGGCGGAGAAGGCAGAGGCAGCGGUGGCGGCGGUGCGGGAGAAGCUGCACAAGGCGGUGCGCAAGGGCAAGGCCAUGGAGGACGCAAGGCUGACCGCUGAACGGACGGCAGAGGAGGAGAGGACACGGCUGCAGAAGGAGGUGCAGGCGAAGGAAGGCGAGGUGGUGGAAUGCAGGCGACGGAUAGGCGAGGUGGAGGCACUGCUGGAGGAGGAGAGGAGCCGGAGGAUGGAGGGCGAGAGGCGAGGUGCUGCGAUGGAGGGGCUUGAGGCACGGCUGAGCACAGCGGAGCGGGCGCUGGUGGCGAAGGAAGAGCAGUGUAGAGCAUGGGAGGAGGAGAGGCGAGUAGUUAGUGAGGAGUGGGCGGGCAUGCAGGCAGCGUGGGAGAGGAGGGAAGGUGAGAUUAUGAGGGAGAAGGAAUCGGUGGUGGAGCAGCUGCAGCAAGUGAGACAGAAGGCGGAGGACCUGAAUGGCGAGGUGAAGCGCAAGGAGGAGGAGUGGCAGGCGGCACAGCGUGCAUGCGAUGAGGCAGAGAAGGGAUGUGAGAAGCUGAGGGCGGAGGUUGAGGGGCUUCAGACCCAGGCAGCAGCUCUACAGGCCGCAGCGGCCGCUGCCACAGCGAGGGCUGAGGAGCUUGCAGCACAGAGUGCAGGGCAGGGGGAUGGGCAGCAUGGGGCGGCAGAGGCAGAGGUAGUGCAGCAGGCAUUGCGGGAUGCAGAGGAGCGCGUGCGGGAGAAGGAGCAGCAGGUGGAGCGGCUUGUGAGCGAGGUGCAUGCUGCUGUGGCGGCGAGGGAGGCCGCUGAGACGAGUGCCGAGGAGCUGCGAGGCAAGGUGGUGGGUGCAGAGGCCAAGGUGGUGGAGCUGGAGGGGCAGCUGCAGCAGCUGCAACACACCAAGGCAGCGCCAGCAGGCAAUGGAACAGCAGACACACUACCCAACACAGCGGAGGCGAAGGGGGGAGGUGGCAAAGCGCCGGCGGGGGCGGACGCAGGGCGGUGGAAGGAGGAGGCGGCGAAGGCGGAGGCAGCGGUGGCGGCGGUGCGGGAGAAGCUGCACAAGGCGGUGCGCAAGGGCAAAGCCAUGGAGGACGCUCGCCUGACCGCUGAACGGACGGUGGCGGCACUGCAGCAACAGCUGGAGGCGGCACAGGCCCAGGUGCAGGCGCUGCAGGGCGAGGUGCAGCAGCUGCAGGGCAGGGCAGGCACAGAGGCAGAAGAGAACGGGCGGUUGAGGGGCGAGGUGACGGCGCUUGAGAAAGAGGUGGGGGAUUUGAAGGGUGCGGUGGAGCGAGCACAGCAGGAGACGAGCAGGGUGAGGGCGGAGGCAGAGCAGCAGGUGAGUGGUGCACAGGAGGAGUUGGCCACAUGGAAGGUGCAGGUGGACGCAGCGGAGGCGGAGAGGAGGCGACUGGAGGACUUGGUGAAGGGCAUGCAGGCGGAGAAGGAGGGGGAGGGGAGCCGCGGAGAGGGGGCGAGUGCACGGGUGGGCGAGCUGGAGGCAGAGGUGGGGCGGUUGAGGGAGGAGGUGAAGAAGAAGGAGGAGGAAGGGAAGAGGCGGGAGGAGAACAUAAAGAAGAAGGCAGUGGAGAAGAUGAGGAAGGCGGAGGAGGACGCCCGGAAGAAGGUGGAGCCUGAGGUGACUGCACUCAAGGCUGAGCUGGCUGCCGCCCAGGACAGGCUGGCUCAAUCGCAGGCUGAGGUGGCGAAGGCAGUGGAUGAGCUGGAGCAGGUUCGGCACGAGUCAAGAGAACUUCGUGAGAAGCUACAGGAGGUGGAGGGGAGGGAGGCGAGUGCAUGCGGGAGAGUGGGGGUGUUGGAGGAGCGGGUGGGCGAGCUGGAGAGGGAGGCGCAGCAGCAGAGGCAGGCAGCAGAGGAGGCGAUGGCGGCAUGUGUGGCGGAGUGGCAGAGCAAGAUGGAGGAGUCAGAGCGAGGCCGGGCCAGCAGCGCGCAGCAAGUGGUUGCACUGGAGCAAGCACUGGCGCAGGAGCAGCAGCAGGCGGCGGCAGCAACGGAGCAGGCGGAGAGGUGGAGGGAGGAGAGUGAGAGGAGGGCAGUGGAGGGGCAGCGAGCGGAGGAGCGGAGAGUGGAGGCGGAGAAGGGCCUUGGUGCGGCCUCCCAGCGCGUGGAAGAGGUGGGCUCCUCUCACGUCCCCGUUCCACCCACACGUUCCGCACCUACCGCUGCCCUUGUGCUUCAGUACCACGUGCAGCAUGCAUGCGCCAUGCCCGUGGAAGGGCAGUUGCAAAAGGCAAAGUUUGCCGUGCGGCAGUGGGAGGAGGAGAGGAGGCAGGCGAGAGAGGAGGUGCAGGUGCUCCAGGGGCAGGUGGAGGCACAGCAGGCUCAACUGGUGGAGGUCACAGCCAAACUCGACGCUGCCCUCGCUGCUGCUGCUGCUGCAGCUGGAGCAGGAGGCGAAGAGAGGCCUGCAGCUGGACUGGUGGUUACAGGGAGCGAUGGUGGUGUGGAGAAGGCGCUGAGGGCGAGUGGAGCGACCACGGGUGCAGCACAGGUGCAGCGUGAGGAGGAGCGGCACGAGCAUGAGCAGCAGGUGGGGGCGGCAAAGGAGUUUGCGGGGGUGCAGGAGGGCAUGGGUGACAUAGAGGCGCGUGCACAGGCACUGCAGACAGAGAACGAGCAAUUGAGGACAGAGAGGGAUGCGAUCAGGACAGAGAGGGAUGAGAUUAGAGCAGAGAGGGAUGAGAUUAGGGCGGAAAGGGAUAUGUUGAUGGGUGAAAGAGAUUUUAUUGCUGGUGAAAGGGAUGUGUUAAUUGGUGAGAGGGACAUGUUACUAGGUGAAAGGGAUGUGCUGAUUGGUGAAAGGGAUGUGCUGGUUGGUGAAAGGGACGUGCUGAUGAAGGAGAGAGAUGCUUUAGCAGAGGAGAGGGAGCAGGUGUUGGUGCAGCGGGAGGGCCUGGUGGCGGAGAGGGAGGGGUUGAUGGGCGAGAUAGAGGCGCUGCUGGUGGAGAAGGGACACGCCAGUGGGGAGAGAGAGAAGCUGCUGCUGGCACUGGAGGAGCUGCGCCACUCCCUGGCUGCCUGCAGCGAGCACAGUGCCGAGACACAGAGGCGUGCAGGAGGGGGCAUGGAGGCAGGCUCAGGGGAGUCGAGGUCGGAGACAGACGACAGUCACCGGCAGAGGGAGCAGCAGCCACGAUCACAGGAGCCACCCAGGGACAACCGGGAGCGGGAGAGGGAGGGCGAGCGACCCGCGAAGCGGCCACCCCAGCCUGGCCCUGCCCACACCCCAUUCUCGCCGCCUCUCGUCUCUCGUGCAGCCCCUUCCCCCGCUGUUGCCUCUGCCUCCACGGCCUCCCCUGCUGCGCUCCCCAGCAGCAACCUGCGCCCGCUCUCAUCCUCCUCGUCCCCCUCAGCGGCGGCUGCUGGUGCGGCAUCGGCAGCAGUCCAUGUGGACAUUGAGGCGGCCACACAUGCACGGGGCGACGAUGAAGUGCAAGGAUUCACGCCCAUAGUGACUGCCUUCCGCUCUCUACCUCGGCCCCUCAACUCGGCUGCUCGCACCAUCGACCGUCUCUUUGUGUCAACGGGGCGAGUGCUCAUGUCGCGGCCCCUCAUGCGCAUCGCUGUGGCCGCCUACUGGCUGCUGCUGCACGCCUGGCUGCUGCUGCUGCUCGCCACG